AUGGGCAGUGACUAUAGCUUUCCCAUGGUGACCCUACCCCGGGACAGGAUUGUAGUUGUGACGGGAGCUAAUAGAGGUCUUGGAUACGAAACAGCCAAAUGGAUAGCCAUGCUUGGGGCCACAGUUAUUCUAGCUUGUCGAUCUGUAGAAAACGGCAGAAAGGCUAUGGUAAAAAUGAACAUGGAAUUCCAUGAGGAGAAGAAGAAAGGUACCAAAGGCCUGUGUGAUUAUGACGAGCUAGCCAUGGACGUCAUAGAACUUGAUCUGUCGUCUCUAACCUCCACGAAAAAAUUUAUCGAAGAAUAUUGGGACUCUGGUCGAAAUCUCCACGUUCUCAUAUGUAACGCGGGCGUGGCUAUGUGUCCCCCAGAGAUUACAGAGGACGGAUACGAACUGCAUUUUCAGGCCAACUACCUAGGGCAUUUCCUGCUGUGUGCAGAGUUAUUGCCCCUGAUGGAAGCCAGCGGUGAAGACUGCAGGGUUAUUCUGGUUUCAAGUUUCAUGCAUUUUAAUUGUGGGUUCGACACCAAGAGAAUUCAAGGGAUAUUUCCUUGUACACUUUACAACAGAAUUAUUCAGUACAGCAGGUCUAAACUUUACCAGGUGAUGCAGACAUACACCAUGCGACGCUUAUUAGAGGGGAGUAAUGUCUCUAUCUGUAGUGUCAACCCAGGUUGGGUGUACACAGAUAUCAACAGGGGUCUUGGUGAUUACGGCUUUCUCAUGAACUGGUCAUACGCUACGGUGGCCUGGGCAGGUUUCAAAACAUCCUACCAAGGUGCCACUGUGACGAUAAAUGCCGCUGUGAACCCCGACAAACCAAUUAGUCCUUAUUACAGCAAUAAUUACCCGGCGCAUCACAGCAGUACUUCAAAGAAUGAAGAUUAUCAGAGACGUCUCUGGAUCUACACUCUGGAUUGUUUGAACCCAUUCAUGAAGUCCGAAACAAGGAAAAAGAUGAAGACAUUUACUGUAGCGAUGGGCAUGGAGGAUACCUGAUUUAUUGAGAUAAAGCAGCUUUAGAACUUUACGUAUGUAACUUGUGCAGAAUGUACUACUUUGUCUCCAAGCAUGUGUAAUACAUCGAAAUUGUCAUUUGAAACUCGCGUUGAAAUAUAUCUCACAAAUUAGUUUCAAAUGAUAUAUUUGAGAGAAUUUCAAUAGAAGAAAUGGAUUUGCACAUUUCCAUAUUUUUGAAAUUCACUGCGUGACUAAUGAUGUAAAUGCCAGACACUAAGUUGUACGUCUAAACAAUCAAAGUCGACGGUAAUCGUUAGGGAUGUCAACAACAUGAACUUGUGCCUAAUAUGAUAUGUAUCUACUGCUGGAGAUUAUAAACUAAUUCUUCUGGUGAUCAUUUGUUGCAUGUUGAGGAACUCAGAUCUAACCAGCCUGUGUAUUCUUGAAAACACAUAAAAACUACCAAUUCCAACCAACUACCUGUCCAUUCGAUCAAGAACAUAUUAGCCAUACAUUAUCAAGGACGUGGCAGAUGAAGAUACCCAAGACGAGUGAAGAUUUUGCAAUGUCUCCUACUCAAACCAGAAACUUAGAAUACAACUCAUGUAAAAAGGAAAUUUCCGUGUCUUUUGUAACGGACAGGGAGGAAGGUUGUGACUUCACAUUUGCU